CGUGGACUCGUCAGUUGCGCUAGAGGUCGUCAUCGGCGCGCACUAGCAAGGCACCUUAUGCAUGUCAAAAUUGCUGCCCUCGUCCAGACGUCAAAGUGGCCGCCGUCAUUGGACGCUGGCGCGACGGGGACCCCAGUCGCUUCUCAUUUCUUCAUCGUUGUUACAUACGCCCAUCACACCACUCGAAGCCACUGGCGCUUGUCCCUGGCUGGGCUGGCCUGGGCCUCUCGCUCGCCAGGAACCCGGCGGAGGCUGUCGGCAAGGCGCAGGGGUCCUUUUUUUACGAGCAACGGCUCUGUAGUCUACUGGUUUGCACCAGGGACGGUUUCUACACAAUACGACCCACCGGCGACUGAAUCUGUCAUCGACGCGGACCACACGGCCGCAGUAGUGGUCCGUUGCCCUACUGGCAAGUAGGGGGAAGAGGAGAGCCCUAGGCUUAGGACAGCA